AUGACGCUAGACGAGGCUAAGCUGAUCCUCAACCUCAAACAGGACCUCUCGGCGGCUGGUCUCGGAAGCGCCGCAUCAGCAUCAGCAGCAUCCGGCGAAGGCAAGUCAAUACUCGACCAGGUGCGCGAAGCCAUGGUGAAAAACUAUGACCACCUCUUUGCUACCAACGCGCCUCCCGCACCCAAGGGUCAGAAGGGUGGCGGAGCCGGUUCGUUUUACAUUCAGAGCAAGGUGGUUCGCGCUCGUGAGCGUAUCGAAGCCGAGUGGGCUCUGUUGGAUGCCGGCAAGAAGGCUGAAGCUGGAGCGACUGAGGGAAGCGCAGCAGAAGGCAAGGCAGAUCAGACCGACAAGACAACUUAA